AUGAAACCUGCGUCAUUUGUGCGCCAGGUCUGUCUUCUUAUGCAAGCUUCGCUCACACUUCAAACUUCAUGAACCAAUCUCCACUUACUUUUGUGCUGGCUGUGUGUCUGUACCCUGAGCUCCUGAAAAACAAAGAUCUGCCCCUGGAUGUCAGGCAGACAGCUAAGAGGUUCCUGGAAGUCUGCGAUGGAGAAAGUUUGGGUUGCUACACAGACUCCUCUGGUAUGUUUCACAUCAGACAAGGUAUCUCAGAGUUCAUCACAAGACGAGACGCAGGAGUGCCUUCAUACACCCAAGACAUCUUCAUCUCUUCAGGCUCUCAGGGGGCCUUAAUGGUGAUUGUGAAGCUCAUAGCCAGCGCAGAAGGACAGACUCGGACAGGUGUCCUGACCCCGACGCCCUGCCCUCACACUCUGCCCUCACUGCUGGACGAGGCAGGGGUGAUACUGGAGCCGUACCAGCUGAUGGAGGAGCGAGGCUGGGCUGUAGAUCUACAUCAGCUGCAUCAAGCUCUGAAGGCUGCUAGUGGGCGCUGCAGGGCCAGAGCCAUUUACAUCAGCAACCCUGGAAACCCCACAGGCCAUGUGCAGGACAGAAAGUCAAUACAGGAAGUGAUUCAGUUUGCAGCUGCAGAGAGACUACUUCUGUUGGUCGAUGAGGUGUACCAGGACAGUGUGUUUGGAGAGGGCAGAGAGUUUAUUUCCUAUAAGAAAGUCCUGUUUGAGAUGGGGAAAGAGUUCUCCGACAGAGUGGAGCUGGUCUCCUUUCACUCUCUAUCCAGCGCCUGCAUGGGAGAGUGUGGUCUGAGGACAGGAUACAUGGAGUUCAUCAACAUGGACCCGGCUGUGAAACCUAUUGUUGAUACUCUCCUGUGCUCUUUGAUCUGCGCUCCAGUUCCAGGACAGCUUGCUCUGCAUCUCAUGGUCAACCCACCAACACCUGGAGACCCUUCUUAUGACACAUACACGCAGGAGAUUCUCCUCACUCGGGCCACCUUGUCCCGUAACGCUCAGCGGGCUCAGGAGUUUCUGGAUGAUCUACCAGGGAUGAGCUGUCAACAAGUGAUGGGAGGAAUCUACCUUUAUCCCCGCCUGCAUUUACCAUCUGAGAUUAUAGAGCAGGCAGAGAAGUUACAGGUGGAGGAGGAUGUUCUGUACUGUCAGAGGUUGUUAAAAGAAGAAGGUGUGUUAGUGGGAGCUGGGAGUCAGAAUGGAGAACCAGCAGGCCAACGCCAUCUGAGGUUAUGUGUGCUUGUCCCUCCUGACACAUUGGAGGAGGUCCUGGCUUGCCUCCGUUCAUUUCACCUUCGCCUUAUGGACGUGCUUUCUCACCCUGACAGAGGUGUGAAAGAAUGAUAAGGGGGGUGUAAAUUGAGGCAUCAUGAAGCCAGUAGUGGAGGACAGAUCCUGAACCAGAUCCAGACUGAUUAUCUUAGAACACACAUGCAUCAUAUAGAAAGAAAACAUAAUGGAUCAAGGAUAUUUUGAUCAAAUGGACACCAAUAUUUUCAACCUUUACUUGGACAAUAACUUCUAGUGAUCAGUGCUUGUUUGUAAUGAAGUAUAAUUACUAGAAUAUUGUAUAUUAACAAUGUACAGUUCUCGUGAAGGAUGUGAUGUGUGUUCUGGGUUUUUUAACUUUUUCUCCAAAAGCAAGCACACAAAGGAUAACCAUGGCUCUUGAGCCUCUUGAGUUGGUAAAAAACCAUCGGCUCAUGUGGGUGCAUGCUGGUCCUCUACCUGCCUACCUUCCUAUGUAGCGUCAGGGGGUCCAGUGUUACACCAUUAACAAAUUAAACAAAAAAAGUUGUAUUAUUAUAAACUAAACAUACUAAACCAAUGACUAGCAAAGGAAGAUAUAAUAAAAAAUGGAAUCAUGAUUGUUGCGCAGCUUGCCCUAGCAGUUUAAGUGAACCCCACAUGUGAACAAACCGAAAAGCUUAGAAUGUUAAGAGCUGUAAUGUUUAUCAUGAAUACAAUUACACUAAAAUUAAUAUAUUUAUUUUAAUAAAAAUGCUUUCACAACCAUAA